AUGGCCAAAUCAAAGAGCACGCGUACUCCUGCGUCCCUGUUUUCUCAGUCCUCCAACCACGGGCAAAUGACUCACAAGACCAAGACCAAGAAGAGCAGUGAACACUCCCGCAAAUACAAGCGCGUACAGUAUGAUGCGGCGCCGCGCUCAGAUCCGGCAAGUGAUCGUACCGACUACUACACGGACAAGGCCGGAUCAGCCAUCAAAGGUUUUGAACAGCAAUUUGGCGGCAGUGGCAGCAAAUAG